AUGGGCAAGACUGAAGAUGAUCGGCCAGCUUAUUUGAGCGCCGAUGACGCCAAAUAUUCCCUCGGUGUUCAUCGAGGACCCUUGCCCCCCGCAGGUCUGGAUGAUACCGCCAAACUUGAGCAGGUCGAGUCCGCUGGUGGCUUGUCGCUGGCCACCACACGCACGCGCAAAGAGCGUCUGUCACGCCAUUGGAAGCGAUUCUGGUGCUGUUAUCUUAUUGGAAAUGUGAUCUUCCUCGCCAUUUUCCUGCCAGUCUUCUUCCUCGUCGCGAUCCCCGCCAUCUCUCAACUUGUCGUCAACAAGUCCGACCUCGUGCUGGUCAAGGCGUCCGUCUUGAACCCACAGCCGGAUUCGAUCCAGUUGACUCUGCAAUCGGCGCUGAAUUUGAAAAUCGCCUUGCCGGUUCGCAUUGAUCCUAUUACCUUGGAUCUUUUCGUGCGCGACGACGGCGCCGAUAAGCCAUGGGCCAAUGUCACUAUUCCAAGCAUGACUGUCAAGGGCAACACCACCUUGGGCGUGGAGGAUGUGUACCGUCCGCUCAUCAACCAGGAUACUUGGGUGGACUACGUUCACUCUGUUGUGUUUAACAAGGAAUCGACCCUGUCUCUAAAGGGCACGACCAAUUCCUAUCUGGGAGUGUUGAAGUCGAAAGUCACCAUGGACAAGGACGUGACUUCGCCGACCCUUGAUUCAUUCAAAGAGUUCGCACUUACUGACAGCCAGCUGAUUAUCCCAGCCGAAGCCGAUGGCACUAACCUAAAAGGAAGCGCCUCGCUUCCCAACCCAUCAGUGCUGACCCUCGACAUCGGCACCCUGGUCCUAGACAUCUACAGCGAUGACCUCCUCCUUGGCAACGCCACCCUAGAAGACGUCACCCUGCGCCCAGGAGCCAACAAAUUCCCCGUCAGAGCCCAACUCGACCUAACAACCGCCAUCACCCACCUGAAAGAGCUACUAGCGGACCAAGGCGCAUCCCUUUUGUCAAACGGAAGUCUCUCCCUAAAGACCGUCACGCGCACAGUAACCUGGAAAGGCACCCGAGUCCCCUACUACACGAAAGUGAUGUCCGAACUCCCGCUCAUGGCGAACGUGCCUCUCCUCGAUACGUUGAAAAACACCAUCCAUGGCCUAACCGGCAGCAACGGCAAACUGAACCUGACCGGAAUUUUGAAUGCCAAUUCUAGCAGUGGUACUGGCUUGCUAUCGUCCUUGAAAGAAGAGUUCGAGGAUAAUAAGAAGGAGAAGCGCGAUCUUUUGGCAGAGGCGUUGAAGGAGAAUCUUCACGUUCGUAAUCUGUUCGGCGAUGAACAUCCCGUUAAGCGGGAUUUAAUGAUCGAUACAAUGGCCGGAUUGUAUAUGAAGGCGUAG